AUGCAGUUCUCUACCAUCUUUUCCAUUGCCACUCUCGUUGCCGCCGUCGCCGCUGCUCCUUCUUGCAACUCUCCCACCCAGCAGAACGCCUGCGCCGCCCGCACUGACGGCCACAACGUCGCUGCCUGCUGCACCAUGCUCCAUGCUGGUGGUAAGGAGAUCUGCCAGAGCAUUGCCUCUAUCGGGAUCUGCACUGCCGCUGCUGGCUCCGUCACCACUGUCAAGUGCUGCAACGUCUCUAGCGGAGAACAGAAAGGCCUCGUCAACAUCGCCGCCCCUCUCUGUGUCUUGUAA